AUGGCCCUACUGGCGAUAACGAUGCUUCUGGCUCUGGAGAGCUCCCCUCCCACCGGCUGGCUUAGCAGCCCUCUCUGGAGCGCUGAUCUCUUCCUGACCUAUUUCCAGUUCAUUAACUGCCCGCAGCAAGUGAAUCGCAGCAUAUCAGCUAGACCACAUUUUGAGGAUUCAUGUACUGGGGGCGCGAUCAAUGCGUCUGUAACGCCACCGGAGCAGGCACCGCUUCGCAGGUACCCGCCCGAGAAGCGCAGUGGAUCAGGUGCGCGGCCGUGCGUGAGGUGCCCGGGCAGCCGUGCAGUCGUGGCCAGCCGCGGGAAGCGGAGGGUGCUCGUCGAGCAACCAGAACUGUCGCCCUGCCCCAACAGCCCAGUGUUCCCACUGACAGAGCUCAUGCUGGACUGGGUUCAUGGACCAAAGCCUGGAACUCUGGCUGAAGAGGGUGAUCACACCGUAGUUGUACGCAUGUUGUAUCGUCGAAGGGUGCUGCAGAAAUGCCGUUACCGCUACAGUGUUGUAGUUAGAAGAUGUCCUGUGCUAUCUCUGCCCAGCACCUUGAUAGCAAACUGCUCAAUGGAUAAUGUCUGGGGAAGCACAUGUGACUUGAGGUGUCCUCAUGGCUACUUUUUGAAGGGGCAUUCAAGAAUCGAAUGUGGUGAUUCACUAAUGUGGUCACAUCCAAUUCCUCACUGUGAAGAGAUGUCAGCAUGUCCAAUGCCUAUGAGCCCUGAGCAUGGUCGUCUCAGCUGUAAGACUCUUGGAAGCAGCCCACCUGGCACACUACCUGAACAUAGUGUUUGUCGUUACGAAUGUGAUGACCAUUAUACUAUACCAGAUGCACAGCACAGCUUGAUGGUUAUUGAAUGCAAAGGAGGGGAAUGGAACAGCACAGCUGAUCCAAGUUGCCUUGAGAUGGCUGAGAAGAGGCACAGCCCACAAGUUCCUGCAAAAAUACGAAGACAUCGUAGAAAUCGCCGCAGGCAUCGAGCACAUAGAAGCAGAAUUCCAUUUCCAAGAGCAACUGCACAGGGGUUGACUGCUGAUCCGUGCAGGCCCAACCCCUGUCAGGGAGGGGGCACUUGCUUACAGGGUCCUCCUUACGCACCAGUUAUCUGCCUGUGCCCACCUCACAGACAAGGAGAUCUAUGUGAAAGGGCACAAUGUCAUAAUGAUACAUGCCAGAAUGGAGGAAAAUGUAUGGUUAUUGCCAAUGAAACUGCUUGCUACUGUCCUCCUGGGUAUUCUGGAUCCCAGUGCCAGUUAAAGGAUGCCAGGUAGCUGAUAUGAUGUAUUAACAAGUCUCGCCUGAAGUACAACCAUUGGCAUAAGGAAACGUAUCAACUGUCUCCUACAGUAUCAUCUACAGAACCAGUAGUGUUAUCAAAGUAAAGAAAAUAUUGUGAGAGUGGAAAUAAAAGAUUCUGAAGUCUGUAGGAGCCAGGAACUCACCAAUCUAGUCUACUUAUAUAUAAGAAUUUUAGCCUUAAGAAGAAAUCAGAUUUUAGAAUAAAUGUUAAACAGUGAGAUCCUCAUGAAACCUAACACCUUCUGAAUAUGUAGAGGGAAGCUUUUAGUACUUAGAGCACCACAAAUAAUUACACAAAUACAGCUGAUUUUCUUGUCCAGUACAUAAUAAACCUAUUUGUGAACUAGGAUAUAAAUAGCGCAAGCAUUCUUUCUGUGAUUUAGCUUUGAAUUACAUACAUUUUAAUAAUUCCAUAUAAUAUAAGUUAUUUUUAUUGUUUCUCGUUAGUAGAGAAGAAAAUACAGCUGCACUGUUAUCAUGCAGUCUCUUCAGAAACAGUAGUUUUAAUGAGUAUUCCAUUUAAUACUCAUCAUUUACGUAUUAUAAAUCCUCCAAAACAAUAAUUUGAAAUCAAACUCAAGGCAAAGCAUCUUUUUACCACUCAUUGAUACUGAAACAAUUUCAAUAGGGCUGAUUAAAACAUGGCACAUUAAGAGACAAUAAAUCUUGAUCUCAGUGAAGCAGUGGCCUCUUUAGCAAUAAAUAAAUAGAAGGCAAAGGGAAGAAAAACAUUUUUUUGUAAGUAGUUUCAGAUAACUAAAGGUAGAUGUGCCAAACAGAAACUAAGGUUUAAAAAAAGACAGGUUUGAUGACUCAUUAGAAUCAGGAAUUAUCAUUUGUCAGUCCUUCUAGUUUCAAUAAUUAGUAGAUGCUUUUUGCUGUUUUAUUUAUUUGGUAUCCUUCUAGGGGGGACACAGCAGUAUUUUCUUCCUAUUCUCUUUAGAAUGUCUUUUAUGAAUGCCAUAUUAUAACAUUGUAUUAAAACACAGCAAAAUGUGUUCAGCAGUAGAAAAAUGUGUUCAGCAGUUCCAAGAUGCUCUUGAAUGGUGCUGUGGACCUGCCUACACUAAGUAUGUUUAGUUUCCUAAUUCUGCAUUUUAUACCCAGCAUUAUUUUGUUGCCUCUUGGUAACUGUGAUAAGGAUAGAAAAUCUAUCAAAUAAUUUUGUAAAAAUAUGGACUCAUAUCUUUCAUGUGACAAAUAAAAUGUGUACCUUAAACUCCUCUGUAUAAAACUAUUCAAAUUUUAAUAACAUUUACCUAAUCUUCUUAAUUUUAAUUGUGUAUUAACAUGAUAGUUGAUAUUAUUAAAAUGUAUAUGUUUCCUCUAAAUGAGGAAAAAUAAUGUAAUAAAACUAUAUUUCAAAAUAA